CCAACAACGUGAAUACUCAACUUCCGCAAAGCACAGCCCAAAGUAGAAGAAGAGCUCUGACUUUCAACCUUGCACACGGCCUCUGCAACUCUGCCAGUUUACCACAAUGAAUAAUAUACUCACGUCUUUUUCCCGUUUGCGCGGAAUACCUCACUUAAACAGCGUCCCAACAGCCAACCUGGCAGUAAAUGGGAAGUCUCACCUCCGAUUCUUUAGCAAUUGGCUUGUCCCGAGGGCUCCUGCGGAUCAUCAGAUUUGUUCCCCGGCCGAGGGCGUGGGGGUCUUGCGGCAGCUUCCAUGGCAAUAUCAGCAAGUGCGGACGAGGAAAAGAGGAAUUGAGUAUCAGCCCAAAAACCUGAAACGCAAGAGGACCCACGGCUGGAUCAAAAGGCUCAGCACACGAGGCGGAAUUGAGGUGCUCCUGCGGCGGAUGUUGAAGGGACGCAAAUCGCUCUCGCAUUGAAUUUCGUUGGUGCAAAGCGAGACUUUGAAGACUUUCUGGUUGUGUAAUUCCGAAGGGGUUCAGCAAGCCCUUAAGAACUUGUGUAUUGUGUGGAGGAGUGAUACUCUGUGUGGGCUGGGCAGUCCUGAGUGAUGGGUGGGAGGAUUGAAACUGGCCUUCACAAAACGAGUCGUAAUUGCUUUGAAUACUGUGGGCGGGUUCUUUCACCAAGUUAUGUGUCCCUGAAUCAAUAAAUGAUUUCUUAAAUUACA